UCGUCGUAAUUUUGAAUGAAGUCAAAUCGGGGAUUGAACCCGAGCGACCCCAGUGGGCACAGAGAGAGAGAUAGUGAUAGGAGCUGCUAUGAAGGGAGGAGACAAGGUGGAAGCAGAGAUUCUCGAACCCUAUCAACUGUCCUUUUCGGAUCUUCUUUUGUCCUCCUCUCGCUUUCCUAAACGGAUCUCGAGAAAUGUGAUGGAAGCCCUUGGCCCAACCGGCCCAGGCCUGCUUUGUAUCACCGGCGUUCUUGGCUCCGCCCUUCUCCGCCGUAAACUCCUUCCUUUGGCUCGGAAGCUUGCUCUGCUUGAUCCCGAUAAGCGUAAUCGCAUCCUCAAGGAGCACCACUUGGGAAGCGACGUUCCUCUGAAGAACCCAGAACGACAUGUCUCAUCUUUUGCAAUGCAGCUCAACUAUGACCGCACCUCUUUCGAUGAGCCUAUUGGAGCUAAACUGUCCUUGAAGGAGGAGGAUGAUGAUGAUGAGUUCAAAAAUCUUGGUGGUGCGUUUAAGGAACUUGGUUUCUGCAUGAUGGAGUUGGGUUUGUCGAUAGCCCGACUAUGCGACAGGGAGAUUGGUGGAGGCCUGCUCGAGGAGACCUUACUCGAUUCUUGCACAGCUAAAGGGCGUCUCAUACAUUACCACUCCGCUGCAGAUCAUCAGUUCCUUCUCACAGAAUCCCAGAGGAGAAAGCUAUCAUCUGGUAAUCGAGUAUCACGAAACCAUAGAAAUGGGACUUGUUUUGGUGGGACUCGUCAUUUCAAUCUGUGGCAACAAUGGCAUUACGAUUAUGGGAUCUUUACGAUUCUCACUGAUCCUAUGUUUCUAUCCUCGUAUUCCUACGAAGAAUGCAAUUCCAUGUGCAGGCACUCUUAUCUGCGGAUCUAUCAUCCCAGCAACAACAAGUUCUACAUGGUCAAAACUCCACUAGACAGUUUUAUAGUUCAAAUUGGAGAAUCUGCUGAUAUUCUGUCCAAAGGGAAGCUACGGUCGACCCUUCACUGCGUGUGCAGACCGGAGAUGCUGGACCACAUAAGCCGCGAGACAUUUGUGGUGUUCUUACAGCCAAAAUGGAGCCACGCUUUCUCGGUCUCGGAAUAUACAAUGGAACAUCUAAGGUCAGAUUGUCUACAGAGACAGCUUCCUGUUACAGAUGAUGUCUCUAAAACUGACAUACAGAAAAUUGUUCCACCUCUAUCGUCACGGUUAAGGGACGGGAUGACAUUUGCCGAGUUUUCUCGGGAAACGACCAAGCAGUACUACGGAGGGAGCGGCUUGCAAUCCAAGAGAUAACCGUCCUAGUUAGUUCUUGAGGCAUGUAAAAGGAAACCAAACCACACAGGUUUAUGAUCGUUAGGUAGCCAGGAAGUGCUGGUUCUGUGAGAGAUUAAAGGGAGAGUUGGGAUUCGUCUUGUCUACAAAGCGAUGUUGGAGCCAAAACAGUGAAAGCUGUUACAUCGUUAUCACAGUCAAAAGCUCACUCUUUUAGACAUGCUCUUUUUCCUUUUCUUUAGUUUCUCUCUCUCUCUCUCUAACUCUGUUAUGUUUCUGUUGUGUCUCCCUCGAUGCUGUUCCAAGCUUACAUCUCCCUGUUUGUUUUCAAGUGUCGCAUUAGGACAAAGUGGUGUUAAUAAAGUAAAAGCUGCCUGCCUCUAC